CGGAUUUCCUGGGAAUUCUCAGUUGCCCAGAUGCCCAGCUGUUCUAGACUCAUUUCCAUCCACAGGCAGAGCUAUGCUUUUGUCUCCGUCAUCCUCAACAACAAUGGACACUGACCAAAUGUCAAGAAUGACAACUGCCUCCUCAGAUACACCCUCCUCCUUGACCCUAGCUCCAUUCCCUUCCCCCUCAGAAACCUCAGAUCUCAAGACAUCAAGCCGCUCUGUUUCUGUCCAGAUGUCUUCAUCUCUAUUUUCUCAUAUUGUCUAUAGGAAGGAUGUUCCCUAUAUAAGUGACUCAAAACCCACUCUUCUGCCUAGUGUUCUCCCUUUGGACACCUCCACCCCUUUCCGUGCUGUCCAGUCAUGGACAGACCUGCAGAUUCAACGAAAACCUCUAAACAAGAAGUCAUCACAUGGGGCUCUUCAUACUGCCACAAAGGAAGUAACAUUAUCCACUAGUGCCACAGAAACAACACAUGGACCUACACUGAACUGCUCUUUGUCUCCAUCUUUCCCUCUGCUGUCUAAUGACUGCCAGUCACAAGGCUGUCUACCUGAGAUAACUAAACAUCACCGCACUAUGUCAGUCUCUGUGGAUAAAGGGCUGUGGCCUGAUGAGGAGGAAGAGGUGGAUGGGAAUGGAAGUAAAGAAGAGGGGAAACUUUGGAGGGAGAAUCAGACACAUCAGACUAUGGCAUGCUGCUGCUCCUGUGACCAUCAGUGUACCUGCCUUACUCAGAGCAGAUACAACAUCCCUUACUCUCUGGAUGAGCUGGAGGAGAUGAUGCUGUGUCUGCAGCAGUUUCGCUCUGUUCUCAGCAACAUGGAGGAGCAGCUCUCUGAAGACCAGGCAGCGGUUUACAGCGCUCUCUCUGACCAGGACAGAAGAUGCACAGACUGUUGGAUGAGCAGUCUCUGCUCUGCUCUCAACUCAAAGUCUUUCUCCCUGGACCGGCGCCCACAUCAUCGAGCCCCGUACCAAACAGGACAGUAGCCACUCAGUGCUGUCUGCUGCCCUGGAUCCCUCCAGCUGACGAGCAGCGUGGCCCCGCCUCCCCCUGGAGCACCUGGGAUGUGGACUCCCUCAGCCAGUCAGGUCCUGGAUCAAAGUGCAUCUGUGAGGGCCCAGGCUGCUCUCCCACUAAGGCAGACAAGCUGGACAUGAUGGGCUUCCUCCAGAGACUGAAGGAGUCUUUGCAUUAUCCUGUGAAAACAGACUCAUAAGAAUAAAGAUGUGACACUACCUCUGACUCAUGAGACCUGAACUUGCCUGAAGAUUUCCAUUCACUGAAGAAUAUGACUUAUCUUGUCAUAUACAGUUUUGUGAUAGUUGUUUCAUGAGUUGCAGACCUCUGGGUGUCUUUUUUGUAAAAUAAAAAGUAUCGUAUUUUUUAAUUAAAAAAAGUUAUAAUGCCCUUGUCAAGCACUUUGUGAUGUAUGUCUCUGAUAACUAUGUAUUUCAAUUGUAAUUACUUGAUCGUGAGCCCAGUCUUCUGGAAAUAAUGUGGGUAUUGCAAAUCUCUACAAUAGAUACAGCCAAUGUGGAUUUUGCAUUUGUUAGGAGUAAGUCAUGUAGUAGACACAUAGAUGGG